UCUCUUUAUUUGACAUUUAGGUCACAAAUCCCUACCACUGGAUCCUCGCAGAGCCUUAACACCGGAGAUCACCUGAGAACUCCCAUCGCCUCAUCCUGCUGCUCACCACAUAAUUCAGCGUUACCCCCCAUACACACGUUUACACAUUUUGUGUAGAAUGUGAACUAUUUCAGAGUCAAAUAAUUUUCUUUAAAUGGGGGGGAAACAAUUAUCAGUCAUUUUCAGGCCACAUUUUUCUGUCCGCUUUUCCAAAUUCAUGUCUAUUGUAAAAGUGUAGCCUGAUGAGCAGAUCGAGUGCCCCCCAUACUGUUCGCAACGAUCCUGACAUCUUUGAGGAUCGGUUGGUCUCAAAUUGAUCUCUUAUUAGUCAGUCAUGAACGGCUCCCUGUUAACCCCGCCCAGUCCGCGGGCUGCGGCAAGUUCAUCUCCCCUUCCACCCUCCCCAUCUCCUUCGCCUUCUCCUCCAUCUCCAUCACUGUUGCCACUUUCCACAAGACCCCCACCUUUGCCUCCUCCAACUCCUGCCAGUCAGCCCUUGUCAUCGUUAUCCGAGACACCCACACCAUCUCCAUCUCCCUGCCUUAGCUGGACCGAGUUCUGUGAGCUCCACGCCCGAGUAGCCGCCGGUGACUUCGCCCGGCAUUUCCGGGCCUUCUUGCAGGAGAACCCUCAUUAUUCCCCUGAUUCGGCUGCUGCUUUUUGCCGCCGCUUUACAGACAGAUUCGUUCAACAUUUCGAGAGCGAGCUCGAGGGGACCGGUGUCAGUAGGGAUGGAACAGUGAGCUGGGUCGCCCAAUCUGACGUUACGUCACUGGAGGAGGAUGCAGCAUCUCCAUCCCUGCUGCCGCCAGAAGCCUCCACCCCAUUCCCUACUCACACGCGAGUUGUGCCCAAACUGGCAUUGACCCAGGAGGCCCGUGGCUCGGAGCAAUUCCAGAGCGCCGGAACAUUUCAGGACUCGUAUGCUCAUACUCAGAUUCUCCCACCGUCCUCCUCUUCAUCAUGCUCUUCCUCUAUGGGCGGGAAUAACGGGCGGAGGGAGGACAGGGGAAUAGCGGUCAAAUAUAACCAACCUGGAUACAAAGACCUGGAAGAAGAAGACGACAGCUGGGUGGGACCUGUCACCGGAGAGGAGGUGGAGACGGAUGUAGUAGCAAGGGACAAUGAGGGCGAGGGUGAUAUGACCUUGGAAAGAGCCGAUCUCAGCCAGGCAUGCCCCAAUCCCUCUGGCACACCAGCAAACUCUGGGUCAAAAGGCAGUGAGACACCCAUUGGUGGACACUCGAAGAAUAAACUAAAAAAGCGGUUCUCUUUGCGCAGCGUGGGCCGCAGCGUCCGAGGGAGCGUGCGAGGCAUCUUGCACUGGCGCAGCUCCUCCAGUGACGCCCCCCAGAACUGCAGCUCGGGUAAUUCUGCCCCCCUUCCUUCCAGUUACAGCUACACUACAGGCCUGCAAGAUGGCAAGAGGAACUCUGGCUCGCAGGGCGUUCCUGCGUCUCUCCCUGUCUCUCUCUCCCUUCCCCUCUCUCUCCCUCACUCGUCGUCCUCUUCAUUGCCCCCAUCAUCCUCCAGUAGCGCCACCUCCCUCUCGCUCUCCGAGGCCCGUGACUGGCGGAGGAGCAACGGCGACGGGGAGAAGGAGAAGUGGAGUCACCGGUUGGAGAAACUGCGACUGUCCCGAUCACCACCACCGACUCUGUCCGCCGCAGCUCCACCUUCCUCAGCCGUGUCACCAUCUGCGCUACCCCCAAGCAGCAUGGGUGCCCCGUGGAAGAUGGGCAGGCUGGUACGGGAGGGAGGUGUGACCGUGUGCUCCUCUUCGGAUGAGUUUGCCAGCACUCAUGGAUUCCCGGGAUUUCCCUUUGGACUGCUGCACCACAGCACGGACAGCACAGCGUCGGGACAUCCCACGGCCAUGGGAGGAAUUGCAGGCGGAAGGGGGAUGCGGUGGCACAAGUGUCGUCUAGUUCUGAAAGAACGAGAUAAGGACGGAGGGGAUGGAGGGCUGGAGUAUUUCCUGGAGUUUUACAUCCCACCUAAGUCCUCCAAGCCCAGACUGACUGUCCCAUGCUGCUCUAUUGUUGAUGUGAGGAGCACUACCGCCAUAGAGGUGCCAGACAAAGAGAACACCUUUCUUCUGCAGUUGGAAGGUCAGGUGCAGUACGUGAUCGAGACCAGAGAUGCGGUCCAGAUGAGAGCUUGGCUUAGUGACAUCAGAAACGCCAUUUGUCUGAGUGAGCAAGAGGAUGUUGAGGGAGUGUGCGGCAGUGCUCUCGCCGACCUCAGCAGUACGCCAGAAUUCAACGACCGCCUGUCUCAAGUGUGUUAUGGUGGAGUUGGUGGUUCUCCUCAGCUGGAGCCUCUACCUCCUGAGUUGCCACCCCGUGCCCCUCUUGAUGAAUCAGACAGUCGACUGCUUGGUGGGGGUGGAGGCGGUCUUAGCACACCUUUUGCAGAAACUCCUGAUGCCACAGGAUCGUUCCUGUUCUCUGAAGGCUCUGUUUCAGAGACGGUGGAACAUCCUCUGAGUGAGUGUCAGUGGUUUCACGGGACACUCUCCCGUCUUAAGGCGGCCCAGCUGGUGCUGGCGGGCGGCUUGGCCAACCAUGGAGUGUUCCUUGUGAGGCAGAGUGAGACACGCCGUGGGGAGUAUGUCCUCACCUUCAACUUCCAGGGCAAAGCAAAGCACUUGCGUCUCUCCCUCAACGAGGAUGGACAGUGUCGUGUGCAGCAUCUCUGGUUCCAGUCCAUUUUUGACAUGCUGGAGCAUUUCCGUGUGCACCCCAUUCCCCUGGAGUCUGGGGGUGCCUCUGAUGUCACCCUCAUCAGUUUUGUGGGGGCCACGAAUGUCCGGCAACAAGGUAUGGAAGGCUGGGCUCCACUUUAAGGCGUGAGGGUUUACAACAGAGCCUAGAUAACAGGGAAACACUGAAUUUUUAGAUGCCAGAGAACUUUUGAGUGCACAGGCAGGUGAAGUGAUCACAGGUGCUACUUGCAUCUCCCUCAGAACAGCUGAAUGGAUAUAAAUACUCUGUUUCUGAUAAAAAAUGUAAAGGGUCAUGAACUGCCUUUUUUAUUUUGCAGUAUUCUCUGAGGUCCAUUUAUAAUGUUAUCCAGAUUUUUACAUCAAAAAACAUUAAUGUCAUAUCAACACUCGUAUCAAAUCAAACGAUCUGCAAUAGAGAGCACAUAAUAAAAACAGUUCAUCCAAUAUAGUCGGCACAGCAUAGUCUUUUAGUUUUGAUCUUUAUAGAAAUCCUGUCGUAUUGUGCCAUGUUUGUAAACGAAUCCGCUGUAAAAUGAAGAGAAAAAAAAGUUCUUACUGACGCAGUCUGCAACUUCAUUGAAAAUACAGCUACUUCGCUCUUUUCUAACGCUGGGAUCAGAAGGAAGGCAAUGCAAAAACCCAGCACAGCAUUUUGUUAUAUUCGGAGCAUCUUUAUCAUUUGGUUUCUGUGUAAACCUGUUUCCCUCUCAUUACACUACAUGUGCAAAUCAGUGGGCGGAGCUAAAGCGGCAGUGAUGUAGAAGCAGGCGUUGAUUUUCUUCAUAAGCGGUGCUUAUCCACACUAUUACGUCAAAAAGUGGUACAUUCCACUGAUGUUUUGUGACUUUACUAUCCAUAAACUAUGACUCAAGUUCAAGUCUAUUAUUUGAUUAUUAUAUCAAAUAUUAUUUCCUGUGCAUUUUAUACCAUCUCAGAAAUAUUGACUUGUUCUUGUGAGAGUAGUAUGAUUGCAUUAACUAUGAUAAAGGGAUGCAAUUAAUCACAUAAUUUUAAUCAGUUGACAGCCCAAAGCUAAACCGCUGUUUUGAGGGAGAUCCUGGUGGUCCCAUAAAAGGAAAAAAAUAACAAGAAAUAUUUCUUUGAAGGCGUCCUCUGUCAGUUUGAUUGUCUUGAAUCCAGGGAAGAUUUUAGUGAUGCACACAGUCUUUGGCACUGAGUUUGUGUGUGUCAUGUGAGUGGGAUGAAUCUGGAGAGCGAUCAUAUGUGUAUUUGUGUAUGUGUGUAUUCAUAAACAACAUGACCACUGCAUGAG